AUGGCGGGAUAUGAGGCUCCAAGUACGGCAAACAUCGCCAAGCGGUUGGAAUCCGAGCUGCAACGAGAUUGGCUUCUUGCUAAACAAUACCCGUACGAUGUUUUCAUCAUGAUGAACCUUGAUAGGACGCUGGACAACGUGUUUGAAAAUCCCCUUUUCAGAAUUUGGUACAAUUAUGGACACUAUGUCACCACUAUGAAUCUGGGGAGCAAGUGGAACCCGGCAGCAGCGUUGACACGGAUUUAUGGUGGUAGUACGAACCUUGCCGACGUGCUCCUUGCGGCGGAGAAAGUGCCAAGUCACCCUCUGGCUGCACAGGCUGAUGUAUCCAGAAAGGGUUUAUUCUCUGUUGCGCGUAAGGGAAUCGGCAGUGGGCGAUGCAAGUCGCUUCCUUUACAGGGAAUACAUUGA